UAUUCUAUUAUUCAAGUAAAUCUUGUCGGUAUCUUGUGUUUUUUUCUGUAUAUUAUAUUACAGUUAUACAAAACUAAUUUAUGUUUUUCUUACUGCGUGUUUAUGUUGUAUUUUGUACUAUAUUUUAUAGUAUUUACUGAGGGAAUAAAUGUAAAUAUUUUAGUAUCAAUAGCCAAAUAUGUGAAAGCAUGAAUAUUUUGUUACUAUUUAAUGAUUUUAUCGAUAUCAUUUCGACUACGGUACAACUGUAAACUUGCAUUUAUAACUAAAUAUUCACAUUUCACAAUGAACUCCAGUAAUGAGGAUGUCACAUGGAGAGGCGCUCCGAUUUCUGAGAUAAUAGGCUCCCAAUCACCUUGGGGCGCCCCGGAGUUUCCGCUGGUAACCCCAGCAUACAACCAUGCAGUAUUAUAUCAUAUACCAAGUAGUGGUAGUAUACCCACCGAUGUAGCUCCAAAACCACAAGUCGGUCAGGACAAAUGGGACCAGGACCAUGUGAGGAUGCCAUGCUCCCCUCACAGUUUGUACCCUGUUGAAGGGAAGAAUGGUAAACCGCGCUUAAAGAAAAGAUGGGAGCUGAUACAACAUGCAUUGUGGAAGCCAAUACGUAAUAGUGAGGAGCUGGCUAACGCUAUAUUAUCAUAUAACACAAAGUUUAAAAGUAUUUGGAAAUUCCAAGCCCUGCACAUGCUGUUUAAUGAUUACUUAGAAGAAGAGGAAACUCAAUACUUUUUUGAUGUGACACUGCCAGAGAUUGCAAAGUUGACACUAGCGUUACCAAAGCUGGUGCAGGCGCCCAUUCCUUUACUCAAACAGAAUAAGAACCAUUCGGUAUCUCUAUCACAGCAACAGAUCGCCAGUUUGUUGGCGAACGCGUUCUUCUGUACGUUUCCGCGGCGUAACUCUAACAAGAGGUCGUCGGAGUAUGCCUCUUAUCCUAAUAUAAAUUUUAGCGCGUUAUACGAGUGUAAUUCAGUGCCGGUAUUAGAGAAACUGAAGUGCAUAUGCCACUAUUUCAAACGAGUUACUGAAAAAGUCCCCGUGGGGGUGAUGACGUUCUCCCGGCGCGCGGUGCCACGUGACCAGCUGCCGGACUGGGCGGCCUCCACGCGGACGCUGGCCGUGCCGCUGCACAUCGACAGCGCCACCACCAUCGAGGACUCGCACGGGCUCAUACAGCUCGACUUCGCUAACAAAUAUCUGGGCGGCGGAGUUUUGGGACACGGCUGCGUGCAGGAGGAAAUCAGAUUCGUGAUAUGCCCGGAGCUGAUCAUAUCGAUGCUGUUUACAGAAAUGCUGUUAUCUAACGAAGCUGUUAUGAUGAUUGGGUGCGAGCGGUUCAGCACUUAUGAGGGGUACGGCAGCACGUUCCGGUGGGCCGGCUCGUUCCCGGACAACACUCCGCCGGACGGCAGCGGACGGCGCCGGACGGCCGUGCUGGCCAUAGACGCACUCCCGCACCACUCCACCGCCUCAGAGCUGACCCCCGCCGCCGUACUGCGGGACCUCAACAAGGCGUGGGUGGGCCUGUCGUGGUGGGGCUCCGGUCCGGGCGCGCAGCUCCCGGGCGCGGCGACCGGCAACUUCACCGUCGGUGAGCUGCGGCCCGCCCGCCCCCCCCCCCGCCCCCCGCCCCCCGCCCCCGCUCGCCUACCGCACCUUCGGGGACCGGCGCCUGCGGGACAGCCUGCACCCGCGGCCAGCGCCGCCGCACCCUCACCGUCGGUGAGUACCACGCCGCCCGCCCCCCGCCCCCCGCCCCCCGCCCCCCGCUCGACUUCCGCACCUUCGUGGACCGGAGCCUGCUGGACAUCCUGCACCUCGCGGUCAGCGCCGCCCGCACCCUCACCCCUGCACCUCGCGGUCAGCGCCGCCCGCACCCUCACCGUCGGUGAGUACCACGCCGCCCCCCGCCCCCCGCCCCCCGCCCCCCGCCCCCCGCUCGCCUACCGCACCUUCGGGGACCGGCGCCUGCGGGACAGCCUGCACCUCGCGGUCAGCGCCGCCCGCACCCUCACCGUCGCCUGCACCUCGCGGUCAGCGCCGCCCGCACCCUCACCGUCGGUGAGUACCACGCCGCCCGCCCCCCGCCCCCCGCCCCCCGCGCGCGCCCGGGGACCGGCGCUCGCCUACCGCACCUCACCGUCGGGGACCGGCGCCUACCGCGGGGACCGGCGCCUGCGGGACAGCCUGCACCUCGCGGCCAGCGCCGCCCGCACCCUCACCGUCGGUGAGUACCACGCCGCCCGCCCCCCGCCCCCCGCCCCCCGCCCCCCGCUCGCCUACCGCACCUUCGGGGACCGGCGCCUGCGGGACAGCCUGCACCUCGCGGUCAGCGCCGCCCGCACCCUCACCGUCGGUGAGUACCACGCCGCCCGCCCCCCGCCCCCCGCCCCCCGCCCCCCGCUCGCCUACCGCACCUUCGGGGACCGGCGCCUGCGGGACAGCCUGCACCUCGCGGUCAGCGCCGCCCGCACCCUCACCGUCGGUGACCUGCACCUCGCGGCCAGCGCCGCCCGCACCCUCACCGUCGGUGAGUACCACGCCGCCCGCCCCCCGCCCCCCGCCCCCCGCCCCCCGCUCGCCUACCGCACCUUCGGGGACCGGCGCCUGCGGGACAGCCUGCACCUCGCGGCCAGCGCCGCCCGCACCCUCCGCGCGGUCGCCCCCGCCCCCCGCCCCCCGCUCGCCUACCGCCCUCGGGGACCCGUGCGGGACAGCCUGCACCUCGCGGCCAGCGCCGCCCGCACCCUCCCCGUCGCCUGCACCGCGCGGUCAGCGCCGCCCGCACCCUCACCGUCGGUGAGUACCACGCCGCCCGCCCCCCCCCCGCCCCCCCCCGCCCCCCGCCCCCCGCUCGCCUACCGCACCUUCGGGGACCGGCGCCUGCGCGACAGCCUGCACCUCGCGGUCACCGCCGCCCGCACCCUCACCGUCGGGGAACUAUAUAAGUACAUCAUUCAGUUUUCGCGCACACCCAACGCAGACCCGGAGAAUUUAUACGAUUACAUCGAGCAGAUGAUCACGGAGAAGCACGGGGCCUCCAUGACGAAAAGUGUGGAAAGUGUCUCGGACGAAUCAGAAAAGCCAGUACUUCUUGAACUAUCAAGUUCAUUAGAAAAAGAAUUCCUAAACGAUUCGCCUGAUUUAUUUUCGCAAGAUGAAUCCGAUCAGCCAAAAGAAGAGUCUAAACCAGAUACAAGAAGUACCAAAGAUACCGAACCCCGGUCAAGUGAUUACAAAAUGGCGCUGAGUGACAACAAAAUGGCGGCGAGCGAACGUAACGCGGCAAGUACAUCAAGUACGUCGCGGUUGUUUAAUGAAAUGGAGAAGUUUGAUGAGACUAAUGGAAAAUUGAAUUUGACAGAUUCCAAUAGAACACAGUUUAAACAAACUACUAAGGGCAUGUCCAAGAAUAUGGAUACGUCAAUGGACUGCGACGAGAAAAUACCAAUGGAUAUAUCGGUCGAAUCGAAAAAGAAGAUCAGUAAGAAAAUUACAGACUAUUUUAGUAAGAAGUCCAUUUGAUGUAUUUUGAAAUAAUAAAUUAUUAUGUUUUA